AUGCCAGCUCCAGUGUGUCUCAUUGAAAAUGAUGAAAAUGGGCGGCUGUGUGUGAGAAAAGAGGCCAAAGACAUUCUGGAUGAGAUCAAUGAGCCGGUGGUGGUGGUGUCUGUGGUGGGACUCUACCGUACGGGGAAAUCUUACCUUAUGAACCACCUAGCAGGACAACAGUCCGGCUUUGCUCUGGGCAGCACUAUUGAAUCAAAGACUAAAGGCAUCUGGAUGUGGUGUGUCCCUCACCCUAAUAAAGAAGGACACACUCUUGUGCUUCUGGACACAGAAGGACUUGGGGACGUGGCAAAGAAGGAACACUACGUUGUUGAGCUCGCUGAGCAUAUCAAGAUCAGAUCGACAGAAGCAGCAGAUGAUGAGGAGGAAGAAGAAGAUUCUGAGUUUGUGCGGUUUUUCCCAUCAUUCAUCUGGGUCGUGAGAGAUUUCACCUUGGAUUUGGAAAUUGAUGGGAAGAAAGUGACAGAUGACGAUUACCUUGAAUUUGCCCUUAAUCUGAGGAAAGGUGUGAGUAAGAAAAUUAGAGACUACAAUCUGCCUGGUGAAUGUAUCAAGCGUUAUUUCCCUAGCCGGAAGUGUUUUGUGUUCCCGUUUCCCGCUAACUCGCACCAAGACAUGACACGCCUGGAGAUCUUACAAGACCAGGACCUUGCACAACAAUUUCUGGAGGUCACGGGACAUUUCUGUGACUACAUGUUUGUCAACAGUGAUGUGAAAAGACUGAAAGGAGGACACAUAGUUACUGGCCGAUUGCUCGGGCCUCUGGUUGAGAUUUAUGUAGACACAAUCAGCAGUGGUGAAGUGCCCUGUCUAGACAAUGCAGUGGUUGUUCUGGCAAAUCUAGAAAACCAGACAGCUGUUCAAGAAGCUCUGAAAGUAUAUCAGGGAGGGAUGGAAGAGUUGAAGAAGACAUUACCAAUCAGUAUAGAAAAGCUGACCUGUGAGCACCAGAAAUUCAGCAGUCUGGCCAUUGCUAAAUUCACGAAACGCUCAUUUAAAGAUGAAAAAAAUGAAUACUUGAAGACACUGGAGGUGACUGUAUCUAUGUGCUAUACAGACUUGUUGGAAGAGAAUAAGAUGGCAUCAGAGAGAAAGUGCAGAGAUCUACUGAAGAAUCUGUCCUCUGACAUGAGUAAACGGCUGCAGGAUGGAGAGUACAGUCAGUCUGGAGGAUAUGAACUCUACUGCAGAGACAGAGACGCCAUUGUUGAGCAGUACCGCAGAGAACCCAAUAAAGGAAUAAGGGCUGAGGCUGUGCUGGAAGAGUUUCUGAAAGAACGGGAACCUGAAGCAAACAGCAUCCUCUGCAUGGAUAAUAAACUAACUGAAAAUGAGAAACAAAUGAAUAAAGAGAAAGAGAAUGCAGCUCUGCUGAAACAGAAGUUGAAAGAAGAGGAGGAGAAACGAAUUGAGAGCGAAAAAAUGAUGGAGACAGAGAAAGUGCGGCAUGAGGACAGGGUAAAACAAAUGCAGGAGAGCUUCAACAAGGAGAAGGAGCAGCAGCAGCAGGAGAUGGACAGAGCCAUUGAGAGCAAACUGAAGGAGCGGGAGGAGAUGCUAAAGAAAGGCUUCAAGGACGAAGCUUAUAACCUCAAGGAAGAAAUAAAGAAGUUAAAAGAUGAAAAGGAACGCUCACAUGGUGGUGGCGGCAUAUUUAAGGACUAUGUGAUGCCAUUUCUUUGCCCUCUUGUAGAAACAGUUCCCAACCUCCUCAUGCAGAGAUCGAUGAUGAAAAGCCUGAAAAAGGGACUGAAAUGUUAAAACCUGAUACAAAACGAUCCUUGAUUCAUAUUUUCCAUUCACUGACAUAUCUCCAUUGAGUCUGAUUUUAUAGCAUUUAAAUACUUAAAGCAUGCGCUUUAUAGAGCAGGUAGUAAAUGAGCUGAGAAUCCUGAACAUAUAUUAUGCGCCCUUGAAAGUGCACAAUGUAAUUUCUACACCGUCAGCAGCACCCAUAGAAUUUGCUAAAUAGCAAGUGUGUGUUUUCCAGUGAAAAGUCCAUAUUUUGGAUAAAAAGUAGUCCCAGCUCAAACAUUUUUUUUAUGUUGAUGCAAAAAGGAAGUGUUAUGGAAAGACGGAAAAACGUGAUUUUUUAAAAAUUAAUUUAUUAGUUCCUGUUUUAGCUUUAAAAAUGUACUUGAGUUGCAAUAAGGAAAUUAUGUAAUAGGCUGCACAUUGUCAAGAAAGGGCCAAGGGGUUACGUCACAGCAAGCUGAGACGUGCUGACAAUAUGAAGACAAGAAUGCUCAGCCCAAAGAUCACGUUCAUUCUGAAUGCAGUCUAUAUGUGAUCAGUCUAGACUUACGAAAAUGCUUAGCACAGUAGAACUCACAGUCAUAUGACUAGAUUAGAUCAUCGUGACAAUCAUCAGAUCAGUGUAACAUGUCAGUGAAGAAAACUUGUGUAACACUUAAUGCAUUUUCAUCUCAAUGUAAUUUGGUCCACAAAACAUACAGCAUAUAUUGCAGCAUAUACUGUAACAUUCCAAUAUUCUACAAUAAAAUUGUCUUUCCUCUGA